CACAACAUGAGUGUCCUGGAGCGUGUAGCUGCACAUCGAGUCAGGAAAGCUGCCCUGCUCUUUGUCAUCUUUCUCAUGGUGCACGCAUACGUGGAGGUGGUGGUGGUGGUGGUAGGCGCAGUGGGGACUCAGGGUUGCCCUCCUGUCUGCUCCUGCAGUAACCAGUUCAGCAAGGUGGUGUGUACCCGCCGUGGCCUCACUCAUGUGCCCCCUGGCAUUCCCACCAACACAAGACAUCUCAACCUAAUGGAGAACGUCAUCGAGGCAGUGCAGGCUGACUCCUUUCGCCAUCUCCAUCACCUGGAAGUGCUCCAAUUAGGACGCAAUGCCAUCAGACAGAUCGAAGUGGGAGCGUUCAAUGGGCUGACCAAUCUGAACACCCUGGAGCUCUUUGACAACCGGCUGACUGUGGUGCCUAGCGGGGCCUUUGAAUAUCUGUCCAAGUUGAGGGAACUGUGGCUCAGAAACAACCCCAUUGAAAGCAUCCCGUCUUAUGCCUUUAACCGCGUGCCCUCUCUCAUGCGACUGGACCUGGGUGAGCUGCGAAAGCUCGAGUACAUUUCCGAUGGGGCCUUCGAAGGUCUGGUCAACCUCAAGUACCUCAACUUGGGCAUGUGCAACAUCAAAGGGGACAUUCCCUACCUGAACUCACUGCUAGUGCUGGAGGAGUUAGAGAUCUCGGAGAACUUUUUCCCUGUGAUCAAGCCCAGCUACUUCAGAGGACUGACUUCACUUAAAAAGUUAUGGAUCAUGAACUCUAAAAUACGACUAAUCGAACGUAACGCAUUUGAUCACCUGUCGUCACUGGUAGACCUAAACCUAGCCCACAACAACCUGAGCUCUCUACCUUACGACCUCUUUUCCCCACUGAGCUACCUGAUGGAACUGCACCUCCAUCAUAAUCCCUGGAACUGCGACUGCAACUCACUAUGGUUAGCACGGUGGCUGCAUCAAUACAUCCGUACAAACUCGACCUGCUGUGGCAGAUGCCAUUCACCGGCACACAUGCGAGGCCGUCAGCUGGUGGACGUGGCCCAAGGAGACACGGAUGCGAUGCAGUGUUCCGCCCCCUUCAUUUCUGAUGCUCCACGAGACCUCAAUAUCUCAGCUGAUCGAGUAGCAGAGUUUCGAUGUCGAACAGCAUCCAUGUCAUCAGUGCAGUGGUUUCUACCAAACGGUACUAUACUGACGCAUGCAACUUACCACCCACGCAUAACCGUGGUUAAGGAUGGGACCCUCAACUUCUCCAACGUGCUGCUGGGCGACACAGGCACGUACACCUGCAUGGUGUCCAACGCAGCUGGAAAAUCCAAUGCUUCGGCUUAUUUAAACGUGAGCGCGGCAGAGCUCAACACGUCCAACCUCAGCUACUUCACCACGGUCACGGUGGAAGUUCUUGACCCAAUGUCCAAACCCCGCACUGUUACAGAAGCAGAUCAGAGCACCACGACCACUACUUUGCCUUCAGUCUUUCAACCGGUUUUCAUCUCGACGCCAACCGUCAUCCUCCAAAGCACCGGCGUACCAGCAAGCCGCCCGCCAGCCGUGCCCACAUCAAAAGGGACGACGGGGAAGCCGUCCAAACCCAGCAGCACCAGUCUGGAUGAGGUCAUGAAGACUACCAAGAUCAUUAUUGGCUGCUUUCUGGCGGUAACCCUGCUAGCAGCGGUCAUGCUAAUCGUGUUCUAUAAACUGCGGAAGCGGCACCAACAAAGGAGCACAGUUUCGUCAGCGCGGACUGUAGAGAUCAUUCACGUAGAUAAGGAAGACCUACCACCGCCCGCAUCUGCUGCCAGUAUGUCAGGGGACGGGACACUGAAACUACCGGUGAUGAGAGACUAUAACAGCAUCCAGAAAUUAGACUACAUCACCCACAAACUAGACUACACCUACCACACGCCUGAACUCAAAUCAGAUUACAGCCUCCACAAGCCCAAAACUCAGUUUAGCACCUCCAAAACCAAAUCAGACGAUACUACCGAUAUCCUCAAGACGGACUACACUGAACACGUGUCCAAAUUUGAUUACAACACCCUUGCGACAGUAGACUACAGUUCUCACAAACCGUCAGCUAACUACACGCACAAGUCACUGCCUGAUUAUCACAUACACAAGAAAAGUAACCAGAGUCCUUACAAGCCUGGAUACAGCACUUACAAGCCGGACUACAAAUCUCAAACGGUCAAACUGGACUUCAGCCCUUUCAAAUCUGAUUACAGCAUUCACAAACCCAAAGUGGACUACAGUACGCACAAGCCCAAAUCUGAUUACAUUCCCAACAAGUCUGCCAUCAACUACAGCCCCUUGAAGAUGGAUUGCAGUCAUUUUCAAGCAGACUACAGCGCGUUUCAUCCAGAAUACAGCCCGCUCAAAGCGCAAUACUUUAGUCACAAGCAAGAAUUGAGCCCCCGAAAGCCUGAAAUGGAUUACAGCCACCGUGAGAUCAAAUAUAGCACACAGAACUCGUACAAGCCUUGGGGACACACAAACAAAUGGACAGAAAACAGCAGCACUGGAAACUCACUUCCACGAACUUUACCCAGAAUCAGCACCAUGCCCGAGCCCUUCGUCAUAAAAACACACAACAAGGACAAAGUACAAGAGACUCAAAUCUAGCCCUCACCUAAAAGAACACACCCCCUCAAACACA